AUGGACAGUCCUCUUUAUGGAUUACUGAUGAUGAUCUUCCUGCUGCAGGUCGAUAGUCUUCUCUUGGCCAACAUCCACCGUGACUCAGGUCCUCCUGACUCCUUCAGGUUCUUAGAUGACCUGAAGGAGUCAGGAGGACCUGAAGGUGUCAAGGAAGACCUGAAGGUCGAGAAACACCUUGCCUAUCCCUCCAUGCAUGAUGCGAAGCCGUGCAAGAAAAAGAAGACUGCAGGGAUGAUCCGGAUGGGUGAAGACGAGUUUUUCAUUGAACCCUUGGAUUGGUGGAAGCCAGGAGAAGAAGAGGAGGAUGGAGAAAGAGGACAAAAGCACAUCAUUUAUCGCUCCUCAGCAAUCAUCAAGAAUCAAGCAGUUAUCAAUCAAAGUGAAGGUGCCAAUCAAAGCCCAGAUGACUUUAUCCGAGGUCCUCUCUUUGGCUCUUCCGAUGUAUCUCUGAAUGUGGAGCCAUCAAGGUCCGGGUCUGCCCGCAGGCAGCGUUCUGCUGAGAUGUUUCACAUUGAGGUUCUUCUGGCUGUUGAUUAUUCUCUUCUUCUUUUCCAUGGACGGGACCACAUUCAAAAGUAUCUCCUGACACUGAUGAACAUUGUCAAUGAAAUCUACCAGGAUCAUUCUCUGGGGGUCAACAUGAACGUGGCCCUGGUCAGAAUCAUCAUGCUGUCUGCAACAAAGUCCCAGGAGCUGAUCUCUGUUGGGAACCCUCAGAAGAGUUUGGAGAACGUUUGUGGAUGGUCGUAUCUCCAGCAGAUGGAGCAAAAUCACGCUAAACAGCAUGAUCAUACCAUCUACCUGAGCAGGCAGAAGUUUGGCCCCUUCGGCAUGCAGGGUUAUGCUCCAGUUACAGGGAUGUGUCAGCUGCAUCGGAGUUGUGUCCUCGUCCUAGAAGACGGCUUUUCCUCGGCUUUUGUAGCUGCACAUGAAAUGGGACAUGUGUUGGGCAUGGAACAUGAUGGAGAGGCCAAUGAUUGUGAUGAUGACGUGCCAUUGGGCAGCAUCAUGUCUCCGAGGGUCCAGGCCAACUUCCACAGAUACCACUGGUCCAGCUGUAGCUGGAGGGAGCUGCACCGGUACCUGAACACCUACGAUUGUCUUCGUGAUGACCCCUUUGAUCACACCUGGCCCAAUCAGCCUCAGUUACCUGGAUUCCACUACUCCAUGGACCAGCAGUGCCGCUUCGACUUUGGGCCUGGAUACAGUAUGUGUACUACUUACUCAAUCCCUGAACCCUGCAUCCAGCUGUGGUGCAGCCACUACAAUAACCCAUCCUUCUGUAGAACCAAAAAGGGCCCCCCACUUGAUGGGACCAAGUGUGGACCAGGAAAGCACUGCUUCAAAGGUUUUUGCAUCAAGCUGACCCCCAACCUCCUGAGGCAGCACGGCAGCUGGGGGACAUGGAGUCCUUUCGGAUCCUGCUCCCGAACCUGUGGGAGUGGGAUCAGGUUUCGUACCAGACAGUGUGAUAACCCCUCUCCAGCCAAUGGGGGGCGCAGCUGCUUCGGGAACAGCUACGAGUUCCAGUUGUGCAGCCAAGAGUCCUGCCCCCCUCUGACAGACUUCAGGGAGGAUCAGUGUAAAGCCUGGAAUCCAUUUUUUGAACAUGAAGGGAUGAAACAUAACUGGCUGCCAUAUCAGCAUCCUGACCCUGACCGGCGCUGUCAUCUUUACUGUCGGUCCAAAGAGACGGGGGCCGUGGUGUCCAUGAACAGAAUGGUGCAUGAUGGGACGCUGUGUUCUUACGAAGACGCCUACAGCGUGUGUGUCCGAGGAGAGUGUGAGCAUGUGGGAUGUGACGGUCAGAUUGCUUCAGACCAGCAGGAGGAUGAGUGUGGAGUCUGUGGAGGAGACAAAUCCACCUGUAGGAUUGUUAAAGGAAACUUCACUCGCAGCACCAGGAAAGAAGGUUACCUGAAGAUCUUGGACAUCCCCAAAGGAGCCAGACACCUUCUUGUCCAAGAAUUCAAAGGAACUUUCCACAUCCUGGCUGUUAAAAACCAGGAGACAGGUCACCUGUUCCUCAAUGAUGAAGAUGAGCUACCUGAGUCCAGAGAGCUGAUUGAAAAGGGUGUGGUCUGGGAGUACAACAGGACCGGUGAGCAAGAGUCCAUCCAGACCACCGGGCCACUGAAGUAUGAUGUCCUGCUGAUGGUCCGAUCCCAUGGCGACUCCAAGGUGACAGUCUCUUACAGGUACAUCAUCCAGGAUGAGCUACGGUCUUCUCUGGAGUCUAACCUGGUCCAGGAGGAUGCAGUUUUGUAUGAUUGGGCUCUGAAGAAGUGGUCACACUGUUCCAAACCCUGUGGAGGAGGGACUCAGUACACCAGGUUUGGCUGCAGAAGGAAGGCUGAUGGGGAAAUGAUGGAAAGGACGUACUGCUCCAACAUCAACAAACCAAGACCUAUCAGCCGCAAGUGCAACACUGAGACCUGCAAGUCUCCACGCUGGGUGACUGGGGACUGGGAGGCCUGCAGCACCUCCUGUGGUCAGACUGGGUGGCAGCGGCGCUGGGUGAGCUGUCAGCAAGAGUCCAGCAGUGGAAAGCAGCAGCACUCGGUGAACAGUAGGCUCUGUAGGGAAGACCGACCAGAGUCCAAAAAAACCUGUAACCGAUUCCCCUGCCCUGCUGCCUGGAGAACCGGGCCGUGGACCCCUUGUUCCAUCUCUUGUGGAAACGGAACUCAGGAACGUCAGGUCGCGUGUUUAAACUUCGAAGGUUCGACAGGAAAUUGCAGUGAUCAUCAACCAAUCAGAACACGUUCCUGCCAGACCCCGCCCUGCAGCGGUGACCAGAAAAAUGCCAUCAUCCAGUGGUUGUCCCGGUCGAACCCAAACUUCCCAGUGCCACAGAUCUCUUCUAGACAGCGUUGCCAUGGUGACCGCUCUGCGUUUUGUCGGAUGGAGAUGCUGAGUCGUUACUGCUCCAUCACUGGAUACAGACAGAUGUGCUGCAAGUCCUGCAUUCAAAGAGACUUCAGCAACAUCAGCAGCAGUUCCUGGAAACCAACCACUGAGUCCAUGAUGUCACCGACCACCUCCAGCUUAUUGGAGAACAGUGAUGUAAUCAGUGACAUCAUCAAUACACCUCUCCCCACCAGCAAGACCAGCACUGACUUUGUCUAUGUGGACUACAGUGAUUACAGAGAGUUAUUGGUAUUUACGGAACCACCAUCUCCCUCUGCAGUCAGUCCAGGAACCACUAGCCCCACCACUACAAGGAGGCCCACAAGAAGUGCUCUACCAUAUUUAUUCAAGCAGAAAACUCCCAUCAUGCACUUGCUCACAGCACUCAUGGUAACUCAACACCAAACACCAGCCCCAACCAGAACACCUGCAACCCCAGAGUUCCUCACAACAACAUCCCCAAAUGUUGGCGACAUCAUCGUCACUAAGGCCUCAGAGGAGGGGUCUUCAUCCCCUUCGAUCCUGGUCUCAAAGGCAGUGGGGUCCUCAUCCCCUUUGGUCCUGGUCUCAGAGAAGAAUAACAACUCUGUAGACGAGGUCCAGUACCACAUUGUAGGAAUGGACAGUGAGACUUCCAGAAAACAGCAGGACUAUUUUGUGCUGCAGAUCCCAUCUUUACGAGAACGAACCCAGAACAAACGAAUCCAGCAGCUUCUGAAGGAAAAACAGCUGCAGAACCUUCGAAGCCGGGUCAACAAACCCAGAGUGGCCCGGACAGACAGGAAUCACUGA